UCAGAAGGACGGUGUUUUAUCUAUUGAUCAGCUACAUGCUGGGAACCAACCGGCUCCUCAUGCCUCUAAGUGAAUUAAAGUGAGUGUGUACGGCCCCCCAGGGCUUAAUGAAAGAGGAGGUUACAUCUGGGGCUCUGUGGGCAGGAUCAAUGAGGGAGGGGGAGGAGAGAGAGACAGCAGCACAGAAACACUUUCUCAGAGAGAAAUACCGACGACUGCAGGAAACAUGGAGCUGUGGGACCUUUUCUAAAAAAAGAAACAAGGUUAAACUUCAGCUGAAUUUCUUAUACUUACUGGCACAAUGGAGAGAGGGAUGAUGCUCGGGAUCGUCAUGGCGACGGCACUGGCCCGGUUGAAUGGAGCUCGAGUGGUCAGCGGUCAAAUGGUGUGUUUGGAUGAUCCACUGCGUCCCUGCUAUAAGAUCGCAUAUUUCCACGACAUCUCAAGUCGUGUUGCGUUCAGGGAAGCGCAUCAGGCUUGCAAAGUGGAUGGAGGGUCUCUGCUCAGCAUCGAGAGCCCGGCCGAGCAGAGGGACAUGGAGCAUCUGCUGCAGAAGCUGCGUUCAGGAGCCGUGGGUGGAGCAGAAACAGGUGGAGGCAUUGCAGACGGGGAUUUCUGGAUCGGUCUCACCCGAGUGGACGGAGCGGAUCAAGCUCACCCUGAACAAAGCAACACCUUUAUUUCCUGCCCACAGCUGUACCACUGGACGGACGGCAGCCCCGCCCUCUUCAGGAACUGGUAUACUGACGAGCCGUCCUGUGGAGGAGAAGCCUGCGUCGUCAUGUACCAUCAGCCCACGGCACCAACGGGUAUGGGCGGUCCUUAUCUGUACCAGUGGAACGAUGACCGCUGCAACAUGAAACACAACUUCAUCUGCAAAUACCAGCCAGAGAGCUACCUUGCGAAGAAACAGGGUGACACACCUGCAGGACGGGGCACAGUGACCACGACAGGUGGAGGUGUGGUCACGCAUCCUGCAGACAGAGCAGACGUCACCAUGACAGGAGCUUCAGGCAUGUUACUGGUCUAUGUGAUCAUUCCCACAAUCCCCCUGCUGCUGCUCAUCCUCGUGGCCUCUGGAACAUGUUGCUUUCAGAUGCUCAGUCAGAGUCGACCCCGCACCAAGACGGCUGUUGACCAAUCAAAUCUAUGGAUUACCUGUGCGCCAAAACCUGACAGCAUGGAUGUAUAAACCCCCACCAUGUGACAUCAUGGCAGAGGAAUCACGAUCAACUGAUGGACAGGAAUGACAUAAACAGAUGGACAAUGAUGUCAUUUAGCUUCUAUUCAAUUUUCACACGAUCUUCCUUCCAUCGAGGGUUUUUGUUUAAACAUCACUAAUCUUUGACUCCUUUCCUUACUUUUAUCCUUCCAUUCACCUGUUUGUAUGAUCGCUCUGUGCUCACCUGCUGAACCAACUGUGUUUCCUGUGGCCGUCAUGUUCCAGCCUGUCACUUUAAUUAACCGUGUUGAGUUAAUGAGAUGGAGUGAGCUGCAGCUGAGAGAAAAUGAAGUAUCCCACUGGGAGGAGUCACUUUUAGGAGUGUGUUUGAUUUUAGAGUCAUCUGAUGGAUCAGCUGCACAAUGGGUGGGGUGGGUUUAAUUGCAACAAGGCGAGGGUGUUUAGGUUUAAUUCGAUUUGCUGCUUCAGCAGAAUCAUGUUAACAUCGUGAAGUGAGUUUGUUCUGGUUCUGAGUCACAUUGAGAAGUAUCUAUUGUUAAAGUAAAAAAAAAAAAUUAAAUAUGUACAAAUUUGAUUCAGUUCCUGCUGCUCGUCACGUUGAUCCAGAGUUUUAACAAGUGUUAAAACAAUGUUACAGCUGUGAAACAUUCAAAUGUCUGAAUUUAAACAAAUCACUGUUAUAUUUACUGCUUUUACCUUUUAUUUACAGCAAUGAAUCCCAACUUUGAGAACGUUUUCUCACCUUAACUGUCAUCAGUGGUGCCGUCGGCGAGCUUAAUAAGUCACAGUCAGGUGAGUGGAAACAACCCAAGAGCGGCGAUAGCAGAAAUACUACAGUGCCUGGGAGAUCCAGCUACUGACGGAUCCGUAUCCUGGUAAAAAAUAUCAGUAAGACAAAACCGUAGCAAGAUUAAAAGAAUCAGGUGACAGCUGUGCAGCUUCGGGACCGGUCCAGCAGCACCACGUUCACUUCUGCCAGUUCUAUAUAGUGAAAACCAUUAGUAUGACCAAGUGUUAGCCACAUCUUUGAAAAGAUCCAUUCCCUUUUUGACCGAAAGAUUGUGUUCUAAUGUUCUAAUGAAAAAAGAUAAAACAGUCACAUUAACUACAGCAAAAUUAAUGUUUUGUUGUGUAAUUGUUUAAUAAAUGUAGCGACAUUAAGAGAUUCCAGUUCAAAGCUCCAGUUUUGUGAAACAUGAGCUUGAGCCCAGAUCACUGGAGCAGGAAGAUUAAAGCUCUUUGAUGUGUAAAGUUUCAUUUUCAACUGGUAAAAUCCCUCAAUCAAUUAAUGUUUCCUCAUCAAAACUGUUUCAUGGUAAAGUUUGUGAAGUAGUUCUUGGUUUCUGUCUAGCAGACAAACCUCCACACACACUUUCGUCGUGUCAUGAAUAAACUUCCUUCACUACAGA